CAGACAAACAAACAACUCUCCCUUCUUUCUUUUGUCCUCUUUAUUUUAUUAUCGUAUUUUUGUUGUUUUUGUUUCACGUCUUAGGUGGGUUAACCAAAACUCAGUAUCACGCGAUUCCUCCAUUUGUAUUAAAUCUUGUCACACAGCAACACGCGCACCAACACGAACACGAACACAAACACUUUGUUGCAUUUUUGGGUUCUUAAAUCUAAUCGAUUUUGCUUUUUUUUUUUUUUCGUUAUUUUAGGGCUAGGGUUUGGUAAAAUUUUAAUUUGAUAGAUCGGUUUGUUUUUGUUUUUGUUUUUUUUUUUUAGUUUUUUUUUCUUUCUUUUAAUAUUAUUGAAGGGGCCUCCCGAGGAUGGGGGGUGGAGUAGACGGAGCAGUGGAGGAGGUAAGCGAAUCAAACGGUGGAGAUGCGGUGAAGGUCAACAUCAGAUGUUCCAACGGCUCGAAAUUUUCUGUGGAUAUCGAUCUCGAAUCCACCGUUGAAUCUUUCAAAACUGCUCUCUCUGAGAAGUGCGAAAUUCCACCUGAACAACAGCGGUUGAUUUACAAGGGUCGGAUCUUGAAGGACGAUCAAACCCUAAAAAGCUAUGGUCUGGAGGCGGAUCACACUGUGCACUUGGUUCGUGGUUUUGCGGCUGCGGCAGCACCAAACCCUACUGUAGCAACCAAUACUGGAGGUUCAACUCCAGCUCAAAAUGCUGCUAGAGCUGUAGGUACAAAUGAAGGUGAUACUCUGGGAGGAUCUGGUUUUGGAGCUUCACUGUUUCCUGGUCUUGGCAUGAAUGGCUUAGGUGGCAGUGGUGCACCUGGCGGUUUAUUUGGAGCUGGACUUCCUGAGUUUGAACAAGUGCAGCAACAAUUGACCCGGAACCCUAACAUCAUGAGAGAAAUAAUGAACAUGCCUGUUGUGCAGAACCUCAUGAAUAACCCAGAGAUAAUGCGAAACUUGAUAAUGAACAAUCCUCAAAUGCGUGAAAUCAUUGAUCGAAACCCUGAGCUAGCACACGUACUUAAUGAUCCUGGCACACUACGUCAGACGCUUGAAGCAGCUAGAAACCCAGAGCUUAUGCGGGAAAUGAUGCGCAAUACUGAUAGAGCAAUGAGCAACAUUGAAUCUUCUCCCGAGGGAUUCAAUAUGCUUCGGCGCAUGUAUGAAACUGUUCAGGAACCAUUUCUUAAUGCAACCUCAAUGACUGGAAAUGCUGGAAAUGAAACUGCAAAUCCUUUUACUGCUCUCUUGGGUAAUCAAGCUGGGAAUCAAGCCAGAGAUGGGUCAACUAACCCGUCAACCACUAAUUCUGAUACUACUGGUUCUCCUGCUCCCAAUACUAAUCCACUUCCAAAUCCUUGGGCAUCUGGUGGCACUGGAGGUGCCCCGCCUAACACCGCAAGGUCUAAUCCGCUUGGGGAUGCGAGGCCACAGACACCUGCUGGCUUAGGUGGACUUGGUCUCCCGGGGUUUGAAAGCAUGUUGGGUGCCAUGCAGGAUACUAAUUCACUGAAUCAGAUGAUGCAGAAUCCGGCUAUUUCACAAAUGAUGCAGAAUCCGGCUAUUUCACAAAUGAUGCAAAGCCUUCUCUCCAACCCACAGUACAUGAACCAGAUUCUUGGGCUUAAUCCCCAGACGCGUAACGUACUUGAUUCCAAUUCUCAACUCAGAGAAAUGAUGCAAAAUCCUGAAUUUCUUCGUCAGUUGACUUCUCCUGAGACAAUGCAGCAAAUGUUGACUUUGCAGCAAUCCCUGUUGGCUCAACUUGGUCGGUCACAGUCUCCCCAGGAACCAGGCCAGACUGGUUUAGGGGCAGGAGCACCUAACAACAUGGGUGGCUUGGAGAUGUUGAUGAACAUGUUUGGUGGACUUGGAGCUGGCAGCCUGGCUACUCCCAGAUCUGAUGUGCCUCCGGAACAAUUAUAUGCCACCCAAUUGUCACAACUUCAAGAAAUGGGUUUCUUUGAUACUCAAGAAAAUAUACGGGCUUUAAUUGCCACUGCAGGAAAUGUUCAUGCUGCUGUGGAGCGUCUUUUAGGGAAUUCUGGUCAGUAGAUUUUAUCAAUGUUGAAUACUAUAUGGCUGUUGCCCUUCAUAUGGACUUAUGGAGUGCCGGAAUAGUUCAGUUGGACCGGAGUUUAUUCAAGUCCAGUUUGGGUUGGAUAUCAUUUUACUAUAUAGUAAGGGCUUCAAACUUCGUUGUGUACUCUCUCUCUAGAGAGAUCAAUCAAUCAGGCUGGAGUGUCUUGUACAUACUCGGUAUUAAGACUUUCAUAUGAAUUGUUUGCAAAAUUUAUUACCCUUUGGAAUGCGCAAAUUUUACUUUUCAAUGUG